AUGCUGACAACAGAACAGGCUCCUUCCCAAUCAACCCUUCAUGAGAUCUCUCCAGCGGCCUCCAAAGCCGUCGUACGCAAACAGGAUCUCCGAAUCCUCCCCUUAUCAGCAUUCAUCUACUUCCUCUGCUACCUGGACCGCUCCAACAUCGGCAACGCCAAAAUCAUGAACUCAUCCACUCACAACGACCUCAUGACCGAGACCGGCAUGUCCAACUACCAAUACACCAUUGGCCUGAUGAUCUUCCUCGUCGCUUACGGUGUCUUCGAGGCUCCCUCGAACAUCCUUCUCAAGAAACUCCGACCUUCCAAGUGGAUCGCCUUCCUCAUGGUCUCCUGGGGCGCGCUGACCAUCUCCCUCGGCGCCUCAAAGAACCCAGCCACUGUCAUCGCCCUGCGCUUCCUCCUCGGCAUCUUCGAGGCAGGUCUCUUCCCGGGCCUCGUCUACUACCUCACCUUCUGGUACAAGACCGACGAGCGCAGCAUGCGUGUCGCGCUGAUCCUCGCCAGCGCCACGCUGGCAGGAGCCUUCGGGGGCGCUAUCGCCUACGGCGUCGGACACAUGAACCAAGUCAGCGGAGUAUCCGGGUGGCGAUGGCUCUUCUACCUCGAGGGGAUCCCGUCCGUGGUCUCCGGGUUCGCCGUCUGGUUCAUUCUGCCCGACUACCCCGAGACAUCGGGGUGGCUAUCAGCAGAGGAGAAAGCCGUCGCAGCUGAGCGUCUCCGCAUCGAAGGCAGCAAAGGCACCCAUAAGAGCAUCACUUGGGAAGAUGCCAAGUCCACCCUCACCGACUGGCGUCUGUAUGGCCACUAUCUGAUCUACCUGGCUAUUUCCUGUCCCUUUAGCUCGCUGUCUCUCUUCUCGCCAUCCAUUAUCAAAGGACUGGGAUAUGAAGACCUCAACGCACAGCUGAUGACCGUCCCGCCUUACGCUGUCGCAUACGUAAUCCAAAUCCUCACCUCCUACUCCGCCGACCACUUCAACGCGCGAGCCCUCCACUCCGCGGCCUGCUCCCUCACCGGGGGAAUCGGCUUCCUCGCCUCCGCGCUCCUCCCCGCCCACAGCUACUCCGCGCGCUACGCCUGCCUCUUCAUCGCCAACAUGGGCGCCUUCUCGUGCAUCCCGCCGCUUCUAGGCUGGCUGUCAUCUAACAUCGCAGGCACCUCGGCCGUGGGGCUCGCGAUCGCGCUGAAUAUCGGGCUGGGCGGUUCCCCGGGGCAGAUUAUUGGGGUGUGGAUUUAUAAGGCGGAGGAGGCGGAAAGGGGGUACCCGACGGGACAUGGCACGAAUGCGGCGUUUUGUUUCCUGGCGGCGGGGAUGUGUCUGGCGUUGAGGGUUUAUUAUGGGGUGAGGAAUAGGAGGAUUUUGAAGGAGGGGGGUGAAGGGGGGAGGUUGUUUAGGUAUUAG